GGGAGGCGAAGCAAGGGAAGCGGGUAGAGGCGUCGCGCUCCGGGGAGUAGCAGUGCCUGCGCGCGCUCAGUGUGAGUGAGGAGUCGUCCCGCAGCGCGCGACGAUGCUCGCGAGAGCAACAGCUGCGACAUGAUGGAAAGCGCCGGCAGCCUGGGCCGGCCGCGCACGGCGGCUGCGGCGGCCGCAGCCGCCGCGGCUGCCGCGCGGCUCGACCCUUUCGACCAGGACCUGGGGGCGGCCGAAGCGCCGCACUUCCAGAACGGAUUCGCCAUGCACCCGCACCACCCGCACGCGGCGGCCGCCGCCGCGGGAUACACGGCCGCCGUGGCCAGGGACUUUCUCUUGCGCGGUGACCUGGCGCCGCCGCCCCCGCACCACCACCAUCACCAUGCGGCCACCGCCGCCGACGGCAUGUUCGUGCACCAUCAUCACCACCACGCCGCGGCGCAGGACCUGUACUCCUCGCGGUUGCCGCUGACCGCGGCCGACGUGUACCGCGGCGACGCGUUCCAGACGCGGCCCGAGCCCGUGUACGCGACGUCGAUGGGCGGCCACCCGCACGGAGCCUUCUUCCGCUACAUGCGGCAGCCCGUCAAGCAGGAGCUGACCUGCAUGUGGGUGGAGCCGCCCGCCAUCCACCACCACCCGCACCACCAUCCUCACCACCCGCACGCGCAGCUGAGCAGCAGCAGCCCGCGCAAGCCGUGCGGCAAAAGCUUCUCGUCCAUGCACGAAAUCGUGACGCAUCUGACGGUGGAGCACGUGGGGGGACCAGAGUGCACCAACCACGCGUGCUUCUGGCAGGACUGCGCGCGCAACGGCCGCCCAUUCAAGGCCAAGUACAAGCUGGUCAACCACAUUCGCGUGCACACCGGCGAGAAACCGUUCCCGUGCCCGUUUCCCGGAUGCGGGAAGGUGUUCGCGCGAUCCGAGAACCUCAAGAUCCACAAGCGAACGCACACAGGCGAGAAGCCGUUCAAGUGCGAGUUCGAAGGCUGCGACCGGCGGUUCGCCAACUCGUCGGACCGCAAGAAGCACUCGCACGUGCACACCUCGGACAAGCCGUACAACUGCAAGAUCCGCGGCUGCGACAAGAGCUACACGCACCCGAGCUCGCUGCGCAAGCACAUGAAGGUGCACGGCAAGUCGCCGCCCCCGUCGCCCUCCUCGUCGUCCGCGUCGGGCUACGAGAGCGACCCGGGGGCGGCCGGCAUCACCGCAGCGAGCCUCGGCACCGUGACGGGCUCUUGCAACGCCGCGAAUCCCGCCGUCGGCGCGCUGGCCGGGACGCCGCUGCAGCCGCUCGGGCUGUCCGCGGCCUCCCACCAGCUGGCAGCGCCGGCAUCGACGGCGCUGAACGAGUGGUACGUGUGCCAGACGGGCGGGAUGCCCACGCCGCCCAGCAACGAACACUCGCCGCUGGGCGGGCCCCCGCCACACACACACCACCUGGCGCCCCCGCCGUACUGACCCCGGCUGACGGGGGCUACAGGCUUCUGAGGACCCCCACCCACGACCUGCGUGGAACCCUUCGGCGACGCCGGCCCGCCGCCGCCAGGAGACGCAUCGGCGAGCGACCGCGGCGGUCACACCGGCCGCUCCGUCUGCCGCACCGCAGUCGCACUGUGACGAUUCGCCGCGCGGAGAGCGCCUGCGCCGCGGCUGAAACCACGUCCUCUCGUGGCCCAGUAGCCGUGCUAUCGGACUCGCCACUUGGGAACCAGCGCUCACUCGGAAGGCAAGAGCACAAGGCGUCGAGGAAGAACAGCGCGGUUCCUUUCCUCGACCGUGCGGCGUUUCGUGUGUGUCUGCUCCAGUGUAAAACGAACUGCGUAGUCAUGACCUCCUCCGGGGAGCGAGGCGAUGCCUGGUGAAGAAACAGAGACGGGCCAGUGAGCGCGGUCACUCUAUAGCGCGAUAAGGCGGCCCAGCGAGAGAACGGAAAGGUUAUGCGUGCCGUUGUAACGCUACCGCUAUUGCACCACUCGGAUAGUGCCUUCUGCGUGCAGAAUGCUUGUCAGUGGCAGCUAAAACGUUGCUGCGACGCGUAUAAAGUAGCGGUGACGCGACAACAUCGUGCAAGGAGUUACUGCAGGUGGACGAAUAUCCGAUACCACUGUAUACGGCGUGUGGCGUGUGCGCGGUGCGACUGUGCACGUGCAAACGCGCAGGAGAUGCUCAGGGGCACCGCACACUUGAUACGCACCGUAUACACGAGAACCGGAUUACCGACCUGCUGUGACUCCACAUUUCUGGUGACUCGCUGGGCGCCGAACGCGAUGAUAUCCUGUCUGCUUAUCCUUCUCUUAAUUUCAUUUUCCGCGUCCGUUUCACGGCCCGGCGUUCCGCGGCUAGCUGCGGCCAAAAUGCGUGUAUAAAUUCACAUCACGUCACGUGAGAUACGGUUUCCAUGGUCUUCACGUUCUGACGCAGCCUGCAGUUGGGCACUAUUCUUUGUGGUCCAGUCUCUCGCAGUAUCCAAAACCUUUGCAAAACGUUUGCCACCUUCUCCGACUUGAAUUUUGUGCAGAAAAUACGUCAUUGGAUUAGGAGCUGCUAUGACAGCAAAAGCGUCCUCACUUAUCUUAUGACGUGCACGGACCUCUUAACUUGACGGUUGCGAAAUGUAUUUCGCAAAAUUAUGUAAACCCUGCGGACUGAAUUAGUGCGGUGUGUUCAAUUGGUAUUGACAUUGCGAGAUCAUAUAAGGGAACUUCGAAAAAAAAAAAACGACGAUUACUGGUAGAUGCUAAAAUUUUGAACGCAGCUGGAGGUGCGCGGCACAUUUGCUAACACCACCGGCGGCAACUAACGCUGGAGGCCUGCGGCUGAAAAGAAACUUGUACCGUUCGUGGUUUAUUUUGAGGCCCUUCAUCUGCCAAGAGAACUGUACAGCUGUCUGUGUUUGUUUGCGUGUGUGCGACAAUUUUGUUGUUGCUUUCUCUGCCUUGCCUGACAGAAAUUUGCAUGUAUGAAUGAAAGCAGAAACGCCUGUGUUCUUUCUUGCUUGUGAUAGAGAUGAUUUUCUCCUACUGUGUAUUACCAUGCCGCUUCUGACGUUUGUAUUUAGCCGAAUCGGCGAUCUCAGGACGAUCAUAGUAUGUGUCUGCCUCCUUCCGUGCGAUAGAAAUAAAAAAAUAAAAGCAUAGAAACACAAGGACACGAGCGCAAAGGAGAUACCUAGCCCCGUCAAGCAAAUUAGAAACAAUGGCGUGACCUUUAGCGGGCCAGAGAACUAAAGUACGUCUAUGUAUGCAAAUUCCCCGUUAGUUUCACGAAGAUGAAAUGGUCUCUGUUUAGUUACUCACGGAGAUACUAUCUUCUCCUUUAAGCCAUUCGAAUCAAAAGCACUACAGCGCAAAAACAAAAAGGAUGUAAUACAUCAGCACAAGAAAAUUAACCGCCGCAGGAGAGCCAUGUAUUCUGUCUCGCACAACAAAACUGCUAAACUGGCAAGAAAAAAAAUCUGUGGCUUCAUACUGCCAAACAGGUUGCUAGGUUCAUGUGAUCGCUUGAUUUUCUACUUAUAAGACAGCCAACUUGCUUAUUAUCUUGCAAUUUUGGAACAAAAUAAAUAAAUGUUUACGCGCAUGUAAAAGACAUGUUAAAUAUUAUACCGGUCAGCCGGGAUGCUUAGACCAGGCUUAGUAUAUACAACUUGCAUCUGUCUUCUCAAGUGUCUCUUGUGUUUGAAUUCAUCCGUAAGGAGCCAGCGUUUUUUUUUUUUUUUUUUGCUUUUCUUUUUGUCAUGUGACAGUGUAACGACGUAGGAAGCAGAAGUGGCUUUGUUUUUCAUUUCUCGUUCGUGUAGAAUCAAUGUAUAAUCAACUAAUUCAUAAAUAAGAUAGGCAACACAAUCAUUAGCUAAUCAAACAAUACCAGACCGCUAAAAAUUAAAGAAAUUAAGGCGCAACAUAAGACGAGACGGUUAAAACGUGUAGCUCUUGUAAAACACAUCAGUAUAGCCAUUAUCAUCCAUUAUCGUUGUCCGUGCACGUGAACAGGCAUUUUCUUCUUGCCCGAAAGGAAGGUGUCGGGCGCAGGCAAGUUGCCGCGUAAUCGCGGGCAGCGUUAUAAGGGCACUGGAGGUGAACAAUAAAUAAAUCAGCUUAAACCGCAGUACAAAUCUUCUCGGAAUCUUCCCUCACAGAAAAUUUAUUUCGACAGUGUAUACAAGGUAUGCGGACUGAUUGCAAACAGUCUGUGGACCUGGCCUUAUUCGUUCAACUCAGUCAGUAUGUCUAUAUUACAUACUGACUCAGUCAGUAUGUCUAUAAUUAAACUGCAGACAAAAUAAACAUCAUAUGAGGUAAAGUAGCUUAUGUCUACACAGACACUAUAGCAGUAUAUACUGUCUGUACAGACAUAAGCUACUUUACCUCAUAUGAUGUUUAUAUUGUCUAUACGUACCUCCGAGUGCUUUCUUGGGAAGUGAUUAAGACAAUGUUAGUGUGAAAAAUUGCGACUGAAUGCUAAAUUUUUCUCCCCGAUCUUUUAUUAACCUUCAUACUGCGGAAGUCACGAUGUCAUUGUGCUACACCACAUCUUGUGCGGGAUUUUUCACUCGAUACCAUAGUAUCGGUACCGAUACCCAGUAUAGAUUUCACUCGAUGUCAGGGUGACUUGCUCCUUUCCUUUCAAAGGAACGACAUUGCGUUUUUGAACGUUCCACAAUUACCCAGCCCCAGCCUGACGCAGUCUGUGACGUCACAGGGAGAUGCUUCCAUAAAUCGAAUGGGGCGUCACCGCCGGCCUUUUGUUUCCUAGACGUUUUCUUGCGUGGCGAGCAUCUGCUCUCAGCAACAGAGAACUAUUCGCUGUAUCAGUAUUGUAGUCGGCCACUCUAACUUGGCUCCAUGUUUAACCUUUAGUGUCCUUCUAAGCGACAUUCACUACCUCAGAUGGCGCGGAGCAAAGGUCGUGGGGGCGACUGCGUUUGCGUGAUUUCAUGGUGCGGCGGAUAAGUACUGACACCGCAUGUCUCGCGGCGUCAUCGAGAGCUUGGUCGCUUCACACGAUCGUAAAGUGCGGGGCGUCUUUGUGUGGUGGGCGGCGUCAACCGCUUGUCUACGAUUUGCAGCAGCGAACAUGACGUCACGCAUUAGGUGCGAAAGUCGAUGAAUCCAGUGUUUUAUUUCGACGGUGGAUGUGCACUUACAGUGACACACUAAUAUCAUACAUACCAGCGCGAUGUUCCGCUAUUUCCUCGCAGGGCUCCUAAAGUCAAGGCCAGGGCGGUCGGUCGGUAUUCAGGUCGGUCCAGUGAGUCGCGUUUUGAUUAUAUAGGUGAUCGUGCUGAAAAUGAAAAUGAGAAACAAGACAUCGUCGUCAUGCCCGCACACUUUCUCCAAUCGAUAGAUAACUGUCACUCGUCUUCCAAGAGCCAAUGGUGAACUUGUGGCUGUAGCGCCACCGAACUAUACUUCUGCGUGCACUGUUUUCUCACCGCUUGGCGAAAAUUCGCAAAAUUGCACAAGUGUAGAAUUUGCUUGAGUACAACUCUUGCUUAUUUUACUUUCAUUUCAUAGUAUCAAAAGUUAGCGGAGACGUCGCCUCACGAUCGCAAAUGUUAAGAUGGCCGACGCACGGUUAACUAGAAAUACCUAUUUCGGAACCCGUAAAUCCGUGCCCUAGGAGACGGGGAAACUUUUGUACUACUUAUUCAUAUCAGUUCAUAAUGGUUUGACAGGAAAAUCACUUUUCUCACCCCUCUGGCAAUCUACUUCGAACAUUCGAAACGGAAAACAAGUUGAAAGAGUGUUGUGCUGUUGAGUGCGUUAACGGCCAACGAAAGCGGUUUUCAGUCGUACAAAGUAGAAAGGAGAGAAAAAAAAAACGAAAAAAAAAAACGGUGGAAGAAACAGCGCCUAAAGCCUUUGAUCUCAGGCCUGCGAAAGAAAUAGAGAGGGGAUAAAAAGUCAAGUUCAUUAUCUGCUUAUGUGCAGAAAUCCGAUGAGAAUUUGAAACAAAAAUUUGUCGGAACGCGCGUUGCGGAAAAGCACGUUCGUUUUUUGCGCCUUUGUAUUAUAGUCAAAGGCAGGAAAGCGAAGGAGCACCUUUCCUCGUAUGCGCGUGCAGUCCUUGCCAAAAGUAUCCAGGCCACAGCGCUAUAGCCUCAAGAGCUGUCACCCGGGUCAGUAGCAGGCACCUAUCUUUUUGUUGGGAGCGUUCACUUCAGCAGGCUCUGUCUUUCUCAGUCUCCGUGGAUUUAGAUAAUGUCUUUUAGAAAUGCAAUUGCCGGCCUAGGUGGCCGCAUUUUGAUGCUGGCAGAAUGCAAAAGGCUCCAGUGCAGAUUUCAGUCUAUUGUCAGGAAGCCUAGAUGGACAAAAUUAUCCCGGAAGCCUAGGUUUCGGCGUAUCUCAAACCCCGGUCGCGGCUUUGGGAAGCGAAACCCGAUCAGUCUUCACGUACAACUUUGAAAGAACGGAAGGAUGCAUUGCAACACCAGUAUGCAUGCGGCGCAGUGAGAGCUCCGGUGGCACGCACGGUGGCCUCGAAACUUUUGGCACGAUCUGAACGAAGAACAUACGGCGUUGGUUCGCGUCCUUGCUUUGCAUGCCCGUGUUGUAAGAUAUAUGCCUCCAUCGUUUUUUCAUCCACUGUGUGUUUCGGUGUCACGAUCGUUGUCAUGCGUGUGUGUUUGUGUGUGCUCGCAAAAAGUCAAGCUGCGCCCAUGUGCCGGUGCAUGUGUUUCGCGGACUUGUGCGCGAAAUCGGGUUGUCGAGCCUCAAGCGGCGGACCACCCGUGUGUACGUCAAAGCCGUCGACCGCGCCUUGGGACCACAAACAGAACGGAUGAACUUCGACGCACCAGUCAUGCUUCGAGAGAAGGAAAAACGGAGACACUGCGCGCGCUUGGUCACGUGAUAGAUUGCUCGGCCAUGCGCAUAUCCGCGCAUGCGCAGAAGCGCGACAACAUUAUCUGUGUGUAUGUGUGCGUGUGUCUGUGCCUACAAGUGGACGAAGCAGCUGUUGUCGUGAACGACACGCGAGCAGCGACGGAUGACUGUGCGUGACCGGGUCGUGAUUUUACGUGAACUGACGAAGUAGAGGACGCUAUACGUGAUGAACUUGCAUGCUUUUGCGCUCUAUGCGGACAUGUCUGUGUAAGUGCUAUGUGCGUGUGUGUGCGUGUGUCUGUGUACAUUUUGAGCUCUCUAUUUUAUUACGACGUCGAGAACACCUCUUCUAUCUACAUCUUCUCCCUGGCCCGAAGCCUUUCACCCUCCGGUCGACAUCCCGCCGAGAAGAAGAAAUCGCAAGUGAUAGAGCAUGCAAUGCACUCGUCGUCUAUUUUUGCAAUGAACUUGGACGAAACCGUAGGAGGUGAAAGUGAAUGCAGCAUUAAAUGAGAGAGAGAGAGAGAAAAAAAAGACGAGUUGCGAAAACCAA